CGAUCAGGUCCAGGUCGCGUAAAAGAAGGUGCGGAUCGCAGUCCGCAGAAUGUAAACAAAAAUGGCUGCAUUUGUCGCGGAACAAAUCAGCCCGCGAGAUUCUAGGUGAUUUUAGGUUUUAGGUUAGCCGCGCGCCACGCGAAGAGGUUAGGAUUCUAAAAGCGAGCCGUGCCAUUUCUCCUACGCACUUUCAACGUAAUCUUCGAGUAAAAUGAUACGACGAAGUCCAACUCGGAUAGAAAUGCGUUUGGAUGACCUGCAAAUAUACGAGGAAAUAAGGAAAGCACACGAGUCUAAGAAAGAUCCCGAAAGAAAAGCGUCCUCAUCCAUGAAUCCACCCUCAUGGGGAGGCAAGAUUCCUCAGAGCGAGAUUCAGGAACGCAUUGGUUACGUGCCGCAACAUCCAUCCGCGCACAAUCGAGCCACAACAUAACACUCGAUUCAAGACUUGGGAUACGAAUUACAAAAUGAAUUGAAAGCAACAGUCAAAUUAUGCAUUCCAACUAAUUUUUGAUUUUAAACAGUUGAAUACAUUUAUA